CGAGAUAGUAGUGUAGCUCGAGAGAGUCUCUCGGGAGGUUGGAUUAGCCACAAGUUGUGGUGAACCAGGGUAAAAUCGGUGUGCCUCUUACUUUUCUCUUCACUUCUCUUUUAUUUAUUUUUAAUUCCUGCGAUUUCUCGAUCAAACGCUAUUCACCCCCCCCCCCCUUGUAGCGUUGGUCUAUUAUUCUAACAUGUAUGAUUUAAAAUUAUGAAUUUUAUGAAUACUUAUUACUGUGGUCUGUAGCUCGGGAGAAAUGGGGGAUGUACCCUGGUCCGUGCUGAUGUGCGGAGUUUUCUAUCUAUCGUCGACCUCGAAGAUGUUGAUCAUGUUGAUCAUAGACAACAUCUUGAGGGACGUGUUGGAGGGCACCAAAUUGACUACAAAAUUGAUCUGGAUAGUACAUCUUCACUCCAAGCAAAACAUCUACAUCUUGCAAAUAAUGCUGCUCGGAGAGCUUGAGGUCGCUGAAAUUGGAGGCUGCCUCACUUUACUACAAAUGGGCUUGAGAGUGUAUCCCUAUGAGUCAACCUACCGGCAUACUUCCGUUACAAGACCUUGGUGGGCAUGUUACCAUUGUUGGAUAGAGUCUUGUGUGCAUACCCUUCGUGCUUAUAGGGAUCAGCUAGACACGUCGUUAAAGGAGGAGUCUACCGAUCAUGAAGGGAUGUCGGAGUCUACCAAUAUACGCUAUUGUUCAGACCACGUAUGAAAGAUUAGUCAGACUGUUUGCAGAGACACACACACGUGUUCACAUGGCAACAAAUGGGAUACAAAUAUCUAAGGCACAUUUGGAAUGAAGUAAGGCGUAUGGAAGAUACACGAUUCCAUUGUCUUGUUGUACGAUAUGAUGACGAGGAAGGAGAGAACGCUAGUUGAGAGAAGAGGAAGAAGCAGGCUUGGCAGCCUAACCAGAGACCAGCGUUCAAGACGCAAGCAAUACUGCCGUUUUCCAGAGAACCUGCCUUGGGAGGGUAAUUACUCAAUGGUAUGGGUCUCGAUGGGUAGACCCCACCAUUUGAGGAGUUUGUGUGCAUAGGAGAUGAUGAUGUUGCUUGCGCCUUCGGGAAACCUUUUUGUGAUGAGUUUGGAAGUACUUUGGUCUGACGAUUAUGGAAGAACUUUGGUACCUGGUCCUUGGAGAGGGAGUAUGUGUUGGUUGAGUUGUCAAUGCCUUCAACAUAUGCUCCCUCUAUGCUCUUGUUUUU